AGUCAACCUGAACUGGAUUAGCAAACAUGAACAUGUGUUGUGUGCUCGUAUGUUAUUCUUGGCAGACAAAUAAUGCACAACUUUAAUGUUAUAGCCUAACAUUAUAUUUCCGUUUCAGUUGUGAUGAUAAAUCAUUCAAAUAGAAUGAGUGUGCAUUUGACAAGUAAAGGUUUACGGUUGUUUAUCAGAAUUGCUUAUGUUAAUUUCAGAUUACAGCGGACAUGUUUUAGUACGAUGACGAAGUGCACCAUGUUGGUGACGUUUCUGAGGACCCCGUGGUGGAGUUUAGGGCAGCGAAGCAAGCGAGCUAGGAUACCUGCAUCAAAUGUUUAGAGUUUGUCUCCAGUGCGAAAAUAUACGUAAACAUAAAACGUGUCACUGUCACUGUGAAUAUGGGCAUUGUAAGUGAGCAGCUAUGAGCAGUGCACCUUUCAAGAACCGGCAGAUCAUGGUGUUUUGUUCGCAACGGGAUUUAUCUUUAGCUAACUAGCAAGUGAGCUAGCUACUGUUGAUGCAAUGAAUUGCAAAAAUCAAUAGUGGGGUAUUUGUUCUACCAUAUCGUCGUUGUCGUGGAAGUCCAAUUGCAGAUUCAAGAGAUUUGUGGAAUUCUGUGAAGUAUGCUGGUGAAUCCAACGCGGGGAUUUCUGUGGUCGGAUUCUGAGACCAGAGCAUUGCUAAAUAUUUGGGGGGAGCAGGACGUGCAAACUGCGCUGGAUGGCAACUUCAGAAACAGUCAUGUUUACAGAGACGUAGCCAGCCGCCUGGGAGACAUGGGCUAUGAUAGGACUCCGGACCAGUGCAGAAUACGUGUCAAGAGCCUGAAAAGGCAAUACUAUCAGGCGAAAGAUGCUUUCAAGAAAAACAACGGACAGUAUCGCAAGCUGUGCAAGUUCUUCGAGGAGAUGGAGAGGAUAUUGGGAAGUCGUCCAACCGUGGACCCGCAGGACAUGAUUGACAGUGUUGCCAUUGGAGACGAGAUGAUGGAUGGAACAGAAGAGGAGGGUGAGGGGACGGAGCAGUCGUCGGAUUCCUACAUGCCGAGCGCCACUGAUUAUGCAGAGCAUCCCGUGAAGAUCGAGUACCCCUCCUACACCAUACCCGUGACAGUAGGAAGUGUUCCAGUUAAACCCAUCAACUCCCAGGCCAGAACUGCUCCGUCCACGUCCUCCUCGUGUCGGCCGUCCCGGCGGGGCAGGAAGCGCUUGGCCAGCCUGCCCCUGGACAAGCUCCUCGAGCGCUUCCUGGAGCAGAGCGCUGACGCCGAGGACAACUUCUACAAGAUGGAGGAGCAGCGUCUGCAGCAGGAAGAGCGUCGGCGCGAGGCCGAGCAUGCCCGUGAACUGCACAUGCUCCACGUGCUCGGACAGAUAUUCGGUGGCAUGGCCGGAGGCAGCGGCCGAGGUGGAGCAGCAGCGGCAGCAGCUAACGUCUCGGCGACCCCCAUGCAGUCGACACCCUCCCCCGCGCCCACGUCCGUUCACGUGGCCCCCGCGUCGUCGUCGUGGUCCCAGGUCCGCUCCCAGCACGCGCGCCAACAACAGCAGCAGCAGCAGCAGCAGCAGCAUCAACGUGGCGUGUUGUCCCCACUUGGGCACCACCUAACAGACCAUGGGCUGGAAUCUGUCCCAGUCAUAGAACGUUCCUUUUCCCUGGGCGGCUCUGCGCACAGCAUGGAGAACACCCUUCAGCUGGUGAAGAAAAUCAUCCCCCCUCUGACGUCCAAAAAGCACAAGGGCCAAGAUGGACGCAUUGGCAUUAUAGGAGGCUGCCAGGAAUACACUGGCGCACCUUACUUUGCAGCCAUCUCGGCACUAAAAGUAGGAGCGGACCUGUCUCACGUCUUCUGCACCAGAGACGCAGCUACCGUCAUCAAGUCCUACAGCCCCGAGCUCAUCGUCCACCCUGUGCUGGACAGCCCCAACGCGGUGGAGGAGAUUGAAAAAUGGUUGCCACGGCUACACACCCUGGUGGUGGGGCCCGGAUUAGGCAGAGAGGAACUCCUGCUGAAGACAGCAAAGGAUGUCAUAGAGAAAUCGAAGGCCAGAGACAUUCCCAUAGUCAUUGAUGCAGACGGACUUUGGUUGGUGGCCAAGCAGCCAUCUGUCAUCCAAGGCUAUCAGAAAGGCAUCCUGACUCCCAACUAUAUGGAAUUCAGCCGGCUCUACGAGGCCAUGCACCAGGAGCCUCUGGACAGCACUGACCAUUACCGGAAUGCCCAGCAGCUCAGCAUCGCCAUGGGUAACCUCACCGUGGUGCUGAAGGGGGAGGAGGACCUCAUCACCGACGGCAGCAUGGUGCUGACGUGCUCUCAGGAGGGCAGUGGCCGUCGCUGUGGGGGGCAGGGGGACCUGCUCUCGGGCUCACUGGGGGCCUUCGCCCACUGGGCCUACAGCACCUCCACAGACGCCACCAAGAGUGUGAACCCAUCUCUGGUGGCCGCAUUUGGCGCCGCCUCCCUGACCAGGCAGUGCAACCGGCAGGCCUUCCACAAGCAUGGCCGCUCCACCACCACCACCGACAUGAUCCAGGAGAUCAGCACGGCCUUCAAGAAGCUGUUUGAGAGCUGAGACACGCCGGAGCUAGCUCAGCUCAGCUCUCUCUCUCACUCUCUUGCCUGUUAACAGACAAACAAACAUUGUUGAGUUCCAACCCUCUGGUGGUUAAUGUUGACGUUGUCUAAAGAAACCUGAUCUUCGGCAUUCUCAAGACAACAGGUUCUGUCCUAAGCACAUUUUCCUUCUCCUUCAUUACAUUAAUGUCUCUCCCGUCAACUCUGAAGGACUCUCAAAGAGGAUUGUACUACUUGGUGGUAUAUUUCUGUAAAUAUCUGGUUUGUACCUUCAGACAAAAUUGGAAUAUUUUACAUCUGAGGUAAAGGUAAGACUGUACUUCCCGGUUUUCCAUUGUACCACCUGUGAAAAGUUACUUUUUUCAUCUUGACAUACACUGGACUGAAAGACACACUGGCUUAGCUUGUUGAUUUUUAAACUCAAAAGUGCCUCUCUUAUCUUCAGACCACUCUGUACCAGCAGUCCGUGUGUUUGCACGUUUAGUUUGAAAAAGCUUGGAGUCCUUCAAGGGACAAAUGGGAGCGGCCACGUUACAUUUCCAUCUCCCUCUUCAGACCAAUAAAACUGCUGCCUCCGACCAGAAAACAGAGAUUAAUCUACACCCUUGUGAUGUGCAUUGCUCCUGUCAAGAACACCAAUUCUCUAGGACAACCAGAUGGGUGUAGUAGUUAGAAGUGUAGUGUUUUAAAGACAUAGAUUGGUGAUGUGACAGAUCAUUAAUGUUUGUCAUCCUUGUCAUUGAGUAGUAGCACACUAGCCACCAGUAAGCAUAGCCCAUGCCUUUCUUUAUGCCUCUCGUCUUUUUGACAAUCACUUUCUCAGACCGGAAUCCCAACACAUAUUUGGUUGGUGUUCUUCCCAUAAAAUACAUAAAUUAAAACCUACAGACCUUUUU